CCGACCAACUCUCAACAAGCAAGAUGUUCUACUCAGUUUGUAUAUUCAGUGCUGUAGUGUUUGGAUUUAGUGCAGCAGAAGAACUUCCACGUCGCAAUGCCAUUUCCAACCGUGUGUAAACGGAAUUCAACCAAUUACUCCAAUUGCUUAAAACUUGCGAUAGAGGAAGCAUGGCCGAAAUUAAUUAAAGGACUUCCAGAAUUCGAUUUUCCACCUUUGGAUCCAAUGACUUAUGAAUUCGGAAGUGCUGUGUUUGACAUAAAUGCAAUACAUGGAGAAGCAAAUGUAUCAAACUUUGUUUUUGAGGGUAUGGCAAAAACUCGUUUUGUUGCUGUGAAAGUGAAUUUUGUUGAUGACAAUUUCCAAGCAGUAGUUGAUUUACAAGUACCAAAACUAGCUGGUGCUGGUGAAUAUGAGGCAGUAGGUACUCUAGCAGGGUUCAGAAUAAAUGGCAAAGGAUACUUUAACCUGACUGCAGAAGAUAUCAGUGGACCACAGAUCAUAACAGGCUAUGUAGCAAAUGAUAGGUUGAUUAUAGAACAUGUCAUUGUAGCUCCGUCAAUUAAAAACUUAAAGGUCUACUUCGAUUUAUUUAAUAGCAAUAAAGAGAUUAAUGAUCUUAUCUUGACAUUCGUAAAUGAAUACUGGCCGUUCUUAUAUCGAGCUGUAUUGCCAACAGCAACCAAAGUAUGGGAGCCAUGGUUGUGUGAUUUGGCCAAUCGCUUCUUUUCGAAAGUUUCUUUUACGAAAUUAUUCGCAUAAUACUUAUAUACCAUUUAAGAUAUUCAUUAAAAAAUAAAUUUAGAAUUUGUAAAAAAUUUAAUAUACAUUCAAAUACAAAAAUAAGGUCACAUAACAAAAAUUUAGAUUUCAUAAAUUGUAACCGUUACAUUUAAGUAAUUGGCUAAUUAUAAAUCGCAUGUAUAAUUCUAUGUCUCGCACGGUUUUAAUGAUCAGACAAUAAAAAUGAUACAAGAUA